UAUAAAUCCAUGAGCUACUGUUUUCGCGCGUCCCUCCCGAAUAAUAGGGCAACCUUGUGCAAUGGCGAUCCGAUGGAGGCCCCCUGUCGCCGCGGCCAUCGCGGUGGCGCCCUCCGUGGUCGUGGAGAUCUUCUUUGAGUAGCGAUUCGCAGGUUAUCGUAGCAGUUGGUUGGUUGUUUCGUAGGUGUGAUGAGGACCAGACGGGUUGAUCUACUUUGGCAUAAGAUAUAUUUUAGAUUAAUUUGUGAAUCGGUGGGUCAAGUUGGGAUUGGAAGGAUUGGAAAAGGCAAAUGGAAUGGCAACAUUGAAGAUAAAGGCAUCAGAACUUUGGAAGAAUAUAUGUUCUGUUCCAUCUAGCAUGGUUACCAGAGUUCAGCAACAAGAAUAAGACAUUAGUUUUGCAAUUCUCAGAUGCAUGUGAACAAAAACUUGACUGCGUAGGGUGGCUGUGCGAAGCUGCUCAGCGGCAAAGUUGAUCAACAAAAAAUUGGCAGGGAGACUUCCUAGAGGUUUUACUGAACUAUCUUUUAAUGCCUUGUCAUUUCCAUUAUCUACAGCAUUCAUACUUCAUAUUUUGAUUCUUUAGAUCUAUCUCUAAUAUAUUCAUUGUUGAUGACCUAACUUAUUUAUUGGGAUAAAUUUGAUAAUUGCAAUAUCGUGUUCAGCAGAUAUAUGUGGUUAUAGUACCAAAAAGGAUCAUGCUAUCCUUGCACGUGAUAGGAACCAUUCAAUUAAGAAGGAAGUUCCAUGUGAGACUAAUAAUCUAACUCAUGUACAAUUCCAUCAUUCCCUCUGAUGCUACCUAUAGUUAUUCAUUGAUAACAAAGAGGUCAGGGAGUUUGUGCGUUGACUGGGAUAUUCUUCCUCCAAAAUAAAGUCAAGAAUCCUACUGCCAAGAGGGUAACUCUCACAAUGUGGAUCUUGCAGUACAAACAUGUUUUCUGUCUUACCUACUUAUUUUUAAAUUUUAUCAAUUUGAUAUAAUUAUUUCAUCUAUUCUCUCCUUUUACAAAGAUCUCACUGAGACUACAUGAGAUGUCAAGAAUUAGUCCAUUAGAAGGCCUCAAUUAUUUUUAUCCAAACCAAUACCACUCGAAAACAACUUAGGUUAUAGCCAUUUAACUGGCCUCUCCAACCAUAUGCCUUGCAUAAAAUUGCUUGUGAGGGCCCCUUUGCUGUCAACUUCAUCAUUUGGCUUUUUUGAUUAAUUUAGUCAAUUUCAGCAGAUAACGGUGUGAUAACUUACUCAAGUUUGCAGGGGUAGGAACCUUAAGUAGAUACUUAGUUGAAUGAUUUUGUGCAUAGUUAUCAGCAUGCACAUAUUUUUUCACAUUGAAGUCAUUGACAUAAUUGAUUGUCCUAAUUACAUCACCAAAAAGGUGCGAUUUUAAGAUUUUACAUACAUUGAUCUCUUUUAUUAGGCCAAGCUUCACUGUUAUGUUUACCUCUGUUGUGGAUUUGUGGGUCUAUUUGAUCUUGUUAUCCCUGUGGAUUUUCCUUGAUAACUUGGAGACCACACAUACAAAUGUUUGUCUGAGCGUGUGUUUAUACACAUGUAUUAGUUAAGUUGGGUGAUCUUAUCCUUGUAGGUUUGAAAUAUUGUUUUGCUCUGUAGCACUCAACCCUCGGCUUUGAGGUUUUCUAAAUGAAACAUGUACAUUUUGAACUUUAUUCACUAAGCUUAUCUUAUUUUUAACCGCUGUCCAAGGAUGACGACACAGAUUCAGGUGUAAGAUCCCAAAUGGUAGUUCUUUAUUCGUUGUUCCCUUUGACAUUUCACUCAUAUUGGGUUCUACAAUUCUUGUGCGACAAUAUGGAAACCAGGAAGAUGCAGAAUCUGACACUGGUGCAGAUUCUGAUGCUGAAACACACAGCGAAAAGGAAGGGAUUUGGGAGUAGACGACUAAAGGAAGACACCUGUUGAGCUUUAGGCAGCCAGAUGAGACCUGCCAUGACUUAAGUUUUUUUUUAAGGGACUUAAAAAGCUCAAGCACCAACAGCUGCGCCCAGCUGUCUCUACGUCCGAAAGAUCUGGGCUCUGGGCUGCACACCGCCAAACCAAAGAGACUCGACAGAUCCUAACUGCUAUCAUUAGUCGCUCACCUCUGCUGCACGAGCCACUCCGCCUCCCUCGGGCGGGCCCCGCUAGCACGUGCUGGGAAUAAAGCAAUUAUUAGUAUUAUUAUUUUUUAAUAUCGAAAAAAAUAAAGUUUAUAGGAUGGGAUGUGGGAAAUAAACAAUACAGUGGAGGUGGGAAGAGAGAAAGAAUGGUUGCCAUCGGAGCCAAACUGAACGACCGCUGAAGAUACCGAGGGUUAGACGAAGAAGGAAGAGAGAGGAGCGAGAGAGACGACUGACGUGCAAGGAAAGCGUGAGCGACAACGAGAGAAAGGCUGUCGAAGACGGAGCUUAUCUAGCUUCCGAAUCCGGAUUCUUAGGGUUUCGUUCUUCUCCGGCUGCCGAGUCGCGAAGGAGACAUCACAUGCUUAUGCUCAUCUUAUAUGUGAUUGGAUGUCUCAAGUAGCAGCAUGAUGCAAGGAGUGGAUUAUUCAGAUUUUUAGCUGCCAGUUUUAUCUUGUGAGCCAGAAUGACACUUGAAGAUUUUUUUACUCUUACUGAGAUGAGAGAUGGGCUUUCGAAUAUUGCUAGGGUUGAAGAGCUACUUUCCAUGAUUCAAAAGUUGAAUGACUGUGGUACAACUAACUUGGGUGAUCCGGUGACACAAUGGUGUACAGUUGCAAGUGUUUUAACAGUUACUGACCAUAAAGAAUGUCUUAAUCAGUUUCUCGAGUUAAAUGGACUUUCUUAUCUUAAUAAAUGGCUCCAAGAAGCACUAAACCUCAAUGCAGAUGUCAAUGUCAUCGAUGCUGAAGAAUUAAUUUGUUCAUUACUGACCUCAUUUGAGAGGCUUCCCAUAGACUAUAAAAGGAUAAUUGCCUCUGGAGUGGGAGUUACUAUUGAGCUUCUCCUUGAUCACAAAAGCAUUCCAAUUAAGGAGAAGGCCAGAAUUUUGUAUGAUAAAUGGAAUCAUGCAAGGAAUGAUGAUAUAAGUUGUCAUGACCAUGAUAAAUGUGGAACCAGUCAAAGUAAUCAACCCAGAUCUUCUGAGGAUGUGCACAAAAGUGAAAAUUGUUUGAACUUAGUAAAUCCAGUUGUUAAUAUUUCUCCAUGCUCUCUGGGAACUAGUGAAGGAAAUGAUCAAGCAGAAUCUCCAGGGGCUGAAUUGCAGGUUUCUAAUGCCACAAGAUCCUCAGACAGCUCCCCUGUUGAUUCUACAAACAAGGAGAUAAGUCCAACACCACAUCAAGUUUUUCCCAUGUUUUUUAAUGUCAUUAAUGCAAGUGCAGUUUUAGCAGUUGCCAAUUCAGCAGGGUCAUCACCUGUCUCGAACUGCCUGGAGAAUCUGUCUGUUAUGGGAGAAUCUUCUGGUUGUGUUGCAGUGGGAAAACCCUCCACUGAAACUUGUUCUCGACUUGGUCAGGAAGGAGAUGCAGCUGAUCAGCAUGACACGCCAAUGUCAAAAGAUGUCCCUGAUAUUGAGAAAGAGAUUGAUGCUGAUAUGAAAGAAGAUAAGCUGUGCAAAUCUAAUCAGGGAGAAACUUCCAGUAAUUCUUCAUCUUUUGCUUUUUCUGCUUCUAUGACACCAUUGGUGGCUGCUGCUGAACUUCCUAUCUCAUGCAAGUUGGAUUCUGACAAUGGCACCUCUUCUGCUGCAAAGGCAACGGAACGUCAGCCAAAGGCUGGGGAUUUUGACUACAGGAGGGAAAAGUGUCUCAUAACAGCCGAGUCCAAUUCAGCUGCAAUUUUCACCAGUGGUUUUCAAGAUUACUCUUGCACUGCUACCAUUCUUGACAACAUAGAUGAUGGUCAACUAUCCCUUCAAAGGGAGGAAGCCACUAGCAGUGCCAUUAAAGAUAUAGAUCGUGCCAUCAAUUUUAGGAACCGGAAAGGUCCUCUUUCGACAUCCACUGAUUUUUUUAAAGUUGUUGGGACAGAGGCUGGUGAAGACAUCAGUCGGAAGUCAGAAAUUGGACUUGGAUGUUUGGAUGAUGCAUUAGAGGUUGCAAGGCAAGUUGCUUUAGCAGUGGAACAAGAGGUGGUCGAUUAUAGAGAGCACUUUUGCAGCUCUCCUGAGGUUAAUUCUGGGGAAAUGACUGGUUUUCAUAGCCCUGGUUCUGAAGAAGAGCAGAUUGAAGCAGUGACUGAGGAAGUUGGUGGGGAUAGUUCAUCAACUGGAAAAGAUCAUUCUGGUACCUCAUCUCCUGACAAGGAGUCGGAGAUCACGCAGCACAUGAGUUCUGAUCCGGGGAACUCUUAUAAAGAUAAAGAAUCACCCAUUCCUGCUCAAGAAUCAGUUGAUAAGUCUCUUACGGAUGGAUGCACCUUUGACCUGAAUGCAGAUACAUGUGGUGAUGAACCUGAGAUGAAGCCUAUUAUGAAAAUAUCUGUUGCUGUGUCUUCUCCUAUAGCUGUUUUUGCUUCUUCGAAAGGAGCUCCCGGAUUGCCUGUUAUGCCUCUUCAUUUUGAAGGUGAAAUGGGAUGGAAGGGUUCCGCUGCUACCAGUGCUUUUCGACCAGCAUCUCCUCGAAGAACUCCAGAUGGUAAAAGGACUUCUUCUGGUGAAAAGCAGAAAUCAGAAUUCCUUGGAAUUGAUCUGAACGUGGCUGAAAGGGAGGAUGAUGUGGAUGAUGAAUUCACAUGUGUGAGAGAGUUACCUAUUUCCUCUAGUCUUCCAUCUCGAGAUUCAUGUGCGGAAGUCAGAUCAAGACCAGAGAAGCUAAAUUUGGAUCUAAAUUGCCUUGGGGAUGCGGAUACAUCUACAUGUCCAUUCUCCUCCCAGAAGCUGCACUUACUGAAUGGAGAGCACAGCUUAUCUUCUGCUUCUUCAUCAUCUUAUAGGCAUCUUUCCCUUGGAGACUUUGACCUGAAUGACAACCCAUCUUUCCCUGACAUUGGCAUUACUCACAACCUUGAUAAAGCAUCAUCUAUUAAAGCCUUGGAAUCUUAUGGAGGGCCAGCACCUUAUGAUCCUGUCAUUAAACUCAUGGGAUCGGUGAUUGCUGUUGAAAGAAAGCAUAAUCCCAAUCAAGCACAGCAGCACUCUUUUCUGCCAAACGGACUGAACAUCAGGCCUACUAUUGUUUCUCCACCACUGUUUGUGAACAUGCUGAACCCCAGUUGUGGCUAUGCUGGACUUGCCACUGGGCCUACCAUAUCCGCUCCUGCAGCAUAUUAUUCACCUGGGAGCAUUUCUUACAUGGUAGACUCUAGAGGGGCUGCAGCCAUACCACAUGUUACUGGUGCUGGAGGACUUGGGGUGCCAUCUGCCAGGCCACCCUUUGUUUUAGGUGCAACCAAUAUGCCCUCGGAUAUGGCUGGUUUUGGGAUGUCACCGCUUCAUGUCGACUUGAACAGUGGUGCACCAUCGACUGAGGGUGGCAGUUUUCAACAAUUCUUUCUGCAAGGCUACAGAAGUCGGAUGGAAGAUCAAACAAAGACUAGUGCACAGCCUUCUAGUUCAUCUGUUGGAUUGAAGCGGAAAGAGCCGGAUGCCGGGUGGGAGCCUUCUUUAUAUGGUUACAAGCAGAUGGCACCACGAUGAUAGGUGCUUCUGAAACCAGGUUAUUUAGAUAGUGUGCCUACCUUGUUGGCCGUGGAAGAUGGCCAGCCAGGCUUUGACCAUCCGGUGAUGAUAGGUGGAGAAACGAAUAAGGAUAUAGAAUAGUACUGAUGGAAAUUUGUUGCCCUGGUUUGAUUGUUAUCUAUUAGUUUGUUGCACCUGGUUGGAGUUCGGUGCAUGUAUAUCUCGCAGAUAUUCUAACAUAGUGGAUGAGUCGUAGGCUUUUUAUCUUUAAUUUACUCUGAUCGUGUUUUCUA